UAACAAACAUAAACAUGCAAAUGCAAUGCAACUAUACUCACUUUUUUUUUUCUUCUUUACAACCAAAACUAUACUUUUAAACAUUCACUGUUAAGAACCACAGAGCAUGUGGUUAAUUUUUGAAAAGGGUGCAUUGCAUUACAGUCAUAGCAGUUAGAUUCUGGAUUUUAUUUUCAAAUCAAAAACCACUCCCUCUUCUCUCUCCCUCUCCCUCUGUGCUGCUGCUUUCUCUCUGCAUUACAAUAUAAAUAUUCAUGCAUUACAACUGUUGACAUUUCAGAACAAGAUCCUCAGAAGAAGCUGCUUCAAGGUCCUUACUUUUGCUGGUUUAUUGCUUGGAUCUAGAGAAGGAAAUCUUGCCUGUGAAACCCAGGAAAAGUUAAACUCAGGUUUUAUUCAUAAAGCUGGAAAUGAAAAUUCAGUCAAAAUAAUCCUCAUCCUUUUAUGGCAUGCUGCUUUUUCUAAGCUUUCUGAAACACUUUGCGAAAGACAGACAUAUUUGAAGAUGGAUAUUAAGGAAGCAGAAAGGGUGGUGAUUGCCAAACCUGUUGCUUCAAGACCUACUUGUUCUACUUUCAAAUCUUUCUCAGAGCUUUUAGCUGGUGCAAUCAAUGUUUCUCCUGAUAUUUCAUCUUCUCAGGCUACAGUUUCUGCCAUUAGACCCAAGACUGUGAGGUUCAAGCCUGCAGCAUUGAAUCACCCCCAUGCAGGGUUUGAUUCUUGUCAGGCUGAUACUUUUGGAGCUGCACUCAGUAACUCUUCUGACAAGAUUCCAAAACUUGACAACAAUCAGUCCCUCAUAUACAAACCAACGGCAAAACUUGUGUCAAAGACAACUGUGUCUCUUUUGGCAAAUAUGAAGGGAAAUUGCAGCACUGGUCAGCAGCAAACACGGCAGUUAAUGGAGGCCAAUUUUCAACAUUCCAUCAAUGAAAAGUUUAGAAGCAGCAUGAGUUCACAUCUUGAUCAGAGUAUUGCCCGGCAUACAGAAAUAAACGAGAUCAGUGAAGCUAGUAAGAUGGUGCAGCAGAACACAGAGGAAGACCAGAAGACUUUAACAUCCUCUGCGAAUUGUGAUCGACCUUCUUAUGAUGGGUACAACUGGAGGAAAUAUGGUCAGAAGCAAGUGAAAGGGAGUGAGUACCCCAGAAGUUAUUACAAGUGCACACAUCCUAAUUGUCCAGUGAAAAAGAAGGUUGAAAGAUCAUUUGAUGGGCAGAUUGCAGAGAUUGUUUAUAAAGGUGAACAUAACCAUUUGAAGCCACAGCUUCCUAAAAGAAGCACAGCAACAGGGACACAAGGUUCGGGGGUGUUGUCUGAUGGAAUGGUUCAAGAUGUGUGGAGUAAUAGUCACAGCGAGAGGAAUGAAGGCAAUGAAAGUAGAGUUGAGAACGCAGGAGGAGGACUAUCUGUGCUUUCAGAUUAUUACGUCAAACUUCCACAGCCUAAUGAUUCUGGUCUAAAUAUUGGUGCAACUAAUGCUGGUGGAGGAAGCACGGAAAACUCCUGUGGUCUAAGUGGGGAAUGUGAGGAAGGAAGCAAGGGUUUUGAGGCACAGGAAGAUGAACCCAGAAGUAAAAGAAGGACAUCCUUCUUGUGCAUCCUGUCCAAUAACAGUAACUGUUCAUCCAGUAGCAUGAAAAAUGAGAAUCUAUCUAAUGAAGUAGCAUUAUCAGAGGAAGGUUUAGUAGAGCCACGGAUUGUGAUGCAAAGUUUCACUGAUUCUGAAAUACUUGGAGAUGGAUUUCGCUGGAGGAAAUACGGGCAGAAGGUGGUGAAGGGCAAUCCAUAUCCCAGAAGCUACUACAGAUGUACUAAUGUAAAGUGCAACGUUCGCAAACACGUGGAGAGAGCAAUAGAUGACCCGAGAUCAUUUGUGACCACAUAUGAAGGAAAACACAAUCAUGAUAUGCCUCUCAAGAACACAGGAAAUGUGGCCUCUGAGAGAGACUCACAGGCUUCUCUUUGUAAAGAUAAAGCAUGAUUGAUAGACACUUCAAUUAGUUAACAAGUAUGACUCAAUGACAGUGCCACAGGCAUCAGAAAUAAUUGAGAAAAUUCAUUACUGUUAUAUCCAAUAAUUGAAGUUGAUAAGAAAGACCAAGAUAUUGACAAUUUCAAAUGCAAUACCUACUGAGACAAAGAUGUUUAGGGAAGCUGGUUCAUACUUUCUAAUGUGCUGGUAAUCUGUAUUAUAUAUAUAUAUAUAUAUACAGUAUUAGCUAUGGAGAUAAAUUUGUUUCUUA